AUGUUUGAUAUGCUCUUUGAGGAGUAUCCUGAGGGGCAUAUGGAGGUGUUGGAGGAAGGAGAUGAUGAUGAGGAGGAUGCUGAGAGACGACUGUUAUAUAUAUUCCCUGUUCCUGAUAAGAGGAUGAAGUGA